CAGGAAAUCAGUGCAGCGUCUGUGCAGGGAGUGAGGAUCCAUGUGGGCUCUGCUGUGCUGCACUGGUGAGGUCUCCAUGAGAUCUUCUUCCACAAGACGAACGCUUUUCUGGACAUGAGAUUUUUGUACAGAGCCUUGAGGAUGAAGAUGCUGCGCGUGUCCUGCGCCUUCCUCAUCUUCCUCCUCUUCUUCCUCGGUGCCCUUGCCGCCUUGCUCCCCUCCGCACAUGAAGACGUGGCAGUGGGCGUCCGGCGGGGUCUGUCCCGCUCCGCUCCGUCUCCCCAUGACUCGUUCACACUGGUAAUGCAGACCUAUAACAGGACCGACUUGUUGCUCAAAAUGCUGAACCAUUACCAGGCCGUGCCCCAGCUCCACCGCGUGAUCGUGGUGUGGAAUAACGUGGGGCAGGACCCUCCGCAGGAAUUGUGGGACAGCUUGGGACCCCACCCCGUGCCCGUCUUCUUCAAGAAACAGGCGGUCAACCUUAUGAGGAACAGGCUGCAAAACUUCCUGGAGAUAGAAACCAAGGCUGUACUGAUGAUGGAUGACGACACGCUGCUCAGCGCAUAUGACGUUUCCUUCGCCUUCUCCAUCUGGCAGCUAUUCCCAAGUCAAAUAGUGGGUUUUGUGCCCCGAAAACACGUUGCGUCCCCGUCAGGAAUAUUCAGCUACGGCAGCUUCGAAUUGCAGGCCCCAGACUCCGGCCGCGGUGACAAGUAUUCGAUGAUCCUCAUCGGGGCGGCAUUUUUCCAUAAGGACUAUCUGAGACUUUUCCAGGAAUUGCCCCGCCCUAUCCACGACAUCAUCGACCAGACGCAGAAUUGCGACGACAUUGCCAUGAACUUCCUGGUGGCGAACCGCACGGGGACAUCCUCAGGGGUACUGGUGAAACCUAUAGACAUGAGGAACCUGGAGAAGGAUGCCGGGAGCGGGUACACGGGGAUGUGGCACCGGGCGGAACAUCUGCUGCAGAGAUCGUACUGCCUGAACAAGUUCGCCGCCAUUUACGGAAAGAUGCCCUUGGUGUACUCCAGUAUGAUGAUCUCACAGUUCGGUUUUCCAAAUUACGCCAACCACAAAUCUAAAGUGUAGAUCGGCGUUUCCCAACCAGGGUGCCUCCAGCUUUUGCAAAACUACAACUCCCAGCAUGCCCGGACAGCCGUUGGCUGUCCGGGCAUGCUGGGAGUUGUAGUUUUGCAGCUACAACUUUUGUACAA